UGGCUGUGUUUGGGGGAGAAAGACUGUGAGAAAGGAGAGGGCAUAGUGAGAGGAAAGAGGGGCAAGAAGUUACUACAAAGUUAACCCCUAGGGAUGAAGUGACGGAAGGAUAAAGAGAAAUGAGGAGAUAGAACUUGUGACAGGGACAGGCUUUGAGUGAGGAUAACCUGCACAGGAGAAAAAGGCAGCAAAGAGCCAGGACUAUUGAAAAAGGACAGAGACUUUGGAUCAUCCUCACUUCAUCAAAGCUGCAUCUUUCACCAUCAGAGGACGAAAGAGAGUAGGACAGACACAUCUACAGGUGUAGUUGCAGACAGGUGGAUAGUUAGACAUGCUUUCUGUGCUCCUGAUUCUCUGCGUAGCUGGUGGAGUUUUGGGGUCCGCCCCUGGAGUUUGGGGGUACGGACGGGCCCAGGACAGACAAGGGCCGGCGGCACCGCUGUGCCCGUCUCCGUGCCAGUGUGAGGAAGAUGGGAUCUUCGUCAUGGUGGACUGCUCGGAGUUGGGACUAGCUUCUGUUCCGACCAACCUCAGCCCUCUCACCACUUACCUGGAUCUGAGUAUGAACAACAUCAGCGAGAUCCAGCCCAGAGCCUUCCACCGACUGCACCUGUUAUCAGAACUGCGUAUCUCAGGGAAUCAGCUGAGGUAUAUCUCAGGCCACGCUCUCCAGGGUCUCCACAACCUCAAAGUUCUGAUGCUCCAAAACAACCAACUGGAGAGACUUCCUGAUGAUGCUCCAUGGGACCUACCCAACCUGCUGUCCCUGCGUCUUGAUGCUAACCUGUUGUCUGAGGUUCCGGCUGGGGCCUUUAGAGGGGUCCGCUCCUUGAGACACCUGUGGUUGGACGACAACUCCCUCACAGAGAUCCCAGUGACGGCCCUGGACUCUUUGCCCUCCCUGCAGGCCAUGACCCUGGCCCUCAACCAGAUCACACAUAUCCCAGAUUAUGCAUUCACCAACCUCUCCGCCCUUGUCGUACUGCAUCUCCAUAACAACCAGAUCCGGAGCAUGGAUGCGAGGUGUUUUGAAGGUUUACACAGUCUGGAGACACUGGAUUUAAACUACAAUGAUCUGCAGGAGUUUCCUGUGGCCAUCCGGACUCUGAGUAAGCUUCAGGAACUGGGCUUCCAUAACAACAAUAUCAAAGCCAUCCCUGAGAGGGCCUUUGUGGGAAAUCCUCAACUCCAAACCAUUCAUUUCUAUGAGAAUCCCAUCCAGUUUGUGGGAAAAUCCGCUUUCCAGUUCUUACCUAAAUUGCACACACUUUCCCUUAACGGGGCAACCCAGAUUCAAGAGUUUCCCGAUUUGAAAGGAACCACCAGCCUGGAAAUAUUGACGCUGACUCGGGCCGGUCUAUCAGCUCUCCCUCUGGAUCUAUGUGAGCAGCUGCCUCGCCUCCGAGUGCUGGAGCUGUCCUACAACCAGAUCGAGGAUCUGCCCAGCUUUCACCACUGCUCUGCACUGCAAGAGAUAGGGCUGCAGCAUAACCAAAUCAGAAGGAUAGAGUCAAGUACCUUCCAGCAGCUCACGUCCCUAAGAGCAAUUGAUCUAAGCUGGAAUGUGAUCGAGUGGAUCCACCUGGAUGCCUUUGUCUCGCUUCACUCUUUGAUCAAACUGGACCUGACUGAGAAUCGCCUGAGCUCAGUACCUGUUGCAGGUUUGGGAGGUCUCACCCAUCUCAAGCUAAGAGGCAACACAGAGUUAUACGAGGCCUUUAGUCCUGAUUACUUCCCCCGUAUGAGGGUAAUAGAGAUGCCUUAUGCCUACCAGUGCUGUGUGUACGGAUCCUGUGAUAGCUACAAGCCGGCGAGCCAGUGGGACACAGAGCAGAGCAACACUGACGAGGACCUACACAAGCGUACAGUAGCCAUGUACCCUAUGCACGCCGACACACACUAUGAUCCUGACCUGGAGGAGUUCCAAAUGGAAAUAGAGGAAUCCAAACUACAGACCAGUGUUCAAUGCACACCAACUCCAGGUCCUUUCCGACCCUGCGACUCUCUGUUGGGCAGCUGGCUGGUUCGUGUGGGCUUGUGGUCGAUCUCUUUGGUGUCUCUUCUUGGGAACUCCCUCCUGCUCCUCUCCCUCUUUGGCUCAUCCGGCUACCUCUCACCUCUCCGCUUCACUGUGGCCUGCAUGGGUGCUUCCAACCUGCUGACGGGUGUGUGUACAUGCACCCUGGCCCUAGUGGACGCUCUAACCCUGGGAGAGUUUGGUCACCACGGUGCCCGCUGGGAGGGGGGUCCUGGUUGUCAGGCGACAGGAUGGGUCUGGGUGUUUGCGUCUGAAGCAAGUGUGUUGCUGCUGACUCUGGCAGCUGUUCAGUGUGGUGUGAGCGUGACAUGUGCCCGUGCCUAUGGAAAGUCCCCAUCCCUUGGGAGUGUGCGCACAUGUGCACUAUUCUGCCUCACUCUCUCCCUCACCCUUGCUUCUCUCCCACUGGUAGGAGUUGGGGAGUACGGCUCGUCACCUUUCUGCCUUCCCUCGCCCCUGCCACCAACAUCCUCUCGACUCCAGUCCUCCCUGGGCUUUCCCUUAUCCCUCAUAAUGAUGAACACCUUGUGCCUGCUUAUCGUCACAGGCUCAUACAUCCGCCUAUACUGGGAGUUAUUGAGGGGAGAAUGUGACGGCCUGUGGGACUGCGCUAUGAUCAAACAUGUUGCCUGGCUAAUAUUCACAAAUGGCCUUCUCUAUGUACCAGUAGCGUUUCUCUCCCUUUGCUCCCUCCUGGGUCUACUCUCUCUGGGUGAGGAGGUGUUAAAAUCUGUUCUACUGCUUCUCCAGCCCCUGCCUGCUUGCCUCAACCCCCUCCUCUUCCUCCUUUUCACACGAGACCAGUCCCAGUUUUUCUUCUGGCCUCAUCCUAAAGCACGUCCACAGCUACGUCGGGACCGCACCAUGGACUCCCUUGUUUCUGUGGCGACGGAGAAGAGUUCCUGCUCCGAUUCGUCAACACAGGUCUCACAUGCAGAUUCUGACGCCCUUUAUAGUGGGGGGUCCACUCUCCAACCCCGACUGGAUGCAAUCAGGUUUUCCUAUUGCUCCUCUACUUCCUCCGUUCCUCUCAUCCCUUGUCAGAUACCCCCUCCCACAGCCAGGGAUAGAGACAGGGUGACAGGAAGAGGGAGCCAGAAUGAUGAUGAAUGUCUGAAGAGUUUGGAUCAAGAGACGAUUCAUAACACUUGUCCUCUGUAUCACUCUACCACAACUCCCUCCCUCACCUCUCAUCCAUGAGCCUCCAUGCUAGCGGUCUGAAUAGCUGGGACACUAAAGACACUAAAGGACCAUCAUCAAGCAGCAGCAAGCAAUCUGCAAGCAUCUCAGAAUGAGUCCCCACAGAGAGUGCACUAGAGAGAAGUCUAUAAGAACACUACAAAGUGCAUCUUAAAAUGGAGAGUGUCACUAAAAGUUCCCUGAGACAUUUAAAGGAAAUACCACAAUACAUCACGUCUGAAAACAAAAAGACUAUUUCAGACGGUACCCAGUGGACUGCAUCAGACAUGAACUUGCAUGAGAAAAAGAAGUUAAAAUGUUAACUUCAAAGAAAUUCUAAGCAUCAGACAAAUCAAUGGUUUAGCCAGGGGGGAAUAAAGGUAGAACCAGUAGAAUUUUAAGUGUACAUGUUUAUACUGGAAUGUGAUUAUGUGACAUGCAGCUUAGAGGUUACAGAUGGUUCGGUUGUAUUCUAAGUGGUUAUGUUAUUUGUUUGUUAUCAAAUAUAAGUUCUAUCCUAUUGCUAAGUCUGUUUCAAAGAAAGGGAGUCAUUAUCAGACACACCAGGACAUUUUUACCAGAGUAAGCUAACAAAUAAGGAAUGUUAUUAUCAGAUAUAUUUCUUUGCAUCUAUGUGGUAGCUGUCAGAGAAUGUUGAAACAAAACAGAUUGCAGUUUCAUCUGGUUUACAAUAUUCUGUCUCAUAUAUGCAAAUAGGAGAAAUGCAGUUAUACAGACUGAAUGGGAUGUAGCUAUCUUUCAACAGACAUUAGAGUAGGCUAGCAAUAUGUACAUACAAUGUAACUACCUCUGAACUAGCAUGGUAUUGACUCACUACAGCCUUAAGAUGUUUGUCUUCUUUUUUAUAUGAUG